AUGUUCUGUAUAUCAACGAUAUCUAGUUUUAUUGCGUCAUUAACUGCUUAUUUGAUAUGGGCAUGGGAUAUCUUGAUUCAUCUUUGUUUCUUUAAUCACCAUAACUUACAGCAGCUUCAUCAUCUUCCUCAAAAGAGCCAAUUAGGGCUUCCUCAGUUGCAGUGGUCCAGCAAGGAGCCAGUUGAGUGUGCAGUCUGCUUGUCAGACAUAGAAGAAGAUGAAGAGAUCAGAGUCCUCAGAUGCGAUCAUUUGUUUCACAAACGUUGCCUCGACCGCUGUAUCGAAUAUAGGCACACGACGUGCCCCUUGUGCCGCGAUAUUCUUGCCGGGCCUCGAAUGGUUUGUGAACUUGGUCGGGAACUGCUGUUUUUCAGUUUCUGUUCAACUAAUAGUUCUAGUCAUGACGAUGAUUUCGAUAGAUGGUGGAUUCGGUGA